AUGCGACAGGAAGAAGUGGCAUUUGGAAGUGUUGCCGACUUAACAUUUAGGUUUUGGCAUAACAAAGCUUGCACUAUCUUUUCACACUUAGGCGCACGGCGUGCCAUUGUGUUUCGUCUAGUUCGAAGCAUUCCUGGUGAGCUUGAGAUGUCGAUAUUGGUUGGGCAUUAUAGCGAUCAGAGUGGGGAGAAUAGGCCGAAUAUUAGGUACGCGGAAGGGGACCUUGCUAGUGAAAAGAAGGGCAAGCAAGGGAAGUGCGAGCUAACUAAUGGCAAGGGCCGGAGAUAG